AUGGCUACGCAACAACAGCCACAACACUGGCCUUUAACAGACAACGGACGAAGUCCGUUCCUUGAAAAGAUUGUAACCGUUUUAGGGAGGGGGAGCCCUGCUAACCAAAACGUUUCAGAAAAUGAAAUUACUCAGCUCGCUCGCGAAAUCGAAUCGGCGGCAUUUAGUGGCGCAUCCUCCAUGGUAGAUUAUAUUACAAAAAUCAACGUAAUGCUUAAACAACAACAACAGCAACGACAACAACAACAACAGCAACAACAACAGCAACAACAACAGCAACAACAACAGCAACAACAGCAACGUGCUAACAAGUGGCCUUUAACAGACAACGGACGAAGUCCGUACCUUGAAAGGAUUGCAAACGUUUUAAGGGGGAAGUUUUCAGAAAAUGAAAUUACUCAGCUCGCUCGCGUAAUCGAAUCGGCGGCAUUUAAUAGCGUAUGUUAUAUUACGAUAUGUAUAGGAGAUAGAGCGCAUCCUCCGUGGUAG